UUGCAUAGCUCUCUUUUUCACGGAAAGCCAGUAGCAGGGAGGGGGCACUGAUCUUAGUAACUAUUCACCUUCUGACAUCAGAAACCUCCGAUGCAACACACAAGACUGCUGUCGCGAAAUCCCUGAUCACGAACAUGAAGCUCCUUCCCCUCCUCACAGCUGCGACCUGCUUCACGCCCCCAGCUCCCUCAUUCUUUGUACCACAAGUGAUGAAGUUUUUUUUCCAGAUCACAUGAGCCAGGAUGAAGGGGAAAAUCCUGCCAGGAACAGAGAUGGGCUGCGACCUGAACCUGAUCAAGGGGAGAUACAGACCAGUACCCUGAGAGCUAUAUAAGAAGGUGCUUGGCACAAGAGCAAACACUUUUUCAGAUGAAAGACUCCUAUGAAUCAGCCAUGCAUGUGAAUGAAGACACCGUUUCAAGGAGGCUUGGAGCCACUAACAAAACUUUUUUGUAUUUCAUCAUCGCUACCCUUGUUGCAUUACUCAUCUUUGCGUUAGCCACCAUCAUGGUCUUAGUUAUCCGGAGGACGGCAGCUGAUCCUGCCACAGAGGGCAGCACAGAACGGAUCCGCAAAGGGAACACCUCCGAAGACUAUUUAAGAAUCCUACAGAAUGUCCCGGCCAAGGGAGCCGCUGCGUACAUGAGAGUGUCAAAUUCAGUAAACAGCUCGAAGCUGAGCUUGGCUGGGAAGGGUAUAUGUGACAACAUCCAGUGCAAGAGCGAGGAGCUGGUGAUCCGUGAAGAGGGCCUCUACCUGAUCUACUGCCACCUCAACCUCCGCUUUGCCAACUGUUCCCACAGCCCCACAGACCUCAAGAUAGAGCUCCUCGUCAACGACGAAGUCAACAGGCAGACGUUAUCCACGUGGUGUGCAUCAGACUCGUGCCAAGAAAAGAACUUUAAGACCUUGUUCCAGCUCCACUUGACGUACUUGAACGUGGAGGACCGGAUAUCAGUAACACUCAGCCAUCCUAAAUUCCUGAAUGAAAUUCACCUUCCCAAUGAUAACGUGCUUGGGGUCUUGAGGUACAGCGAUGAGAUGUGAGGAGCCCUCUGACUCCCCACUGCUGCACAGACUUUCUCUGUCUUCCUCUGAUGACAGCAGCCUGCUUUUACUAGGCUACAUCUUGUUUUACGUUUCCUAUCUCACCUCAUUGCUAGGGUAAAUGAGGAACCUUGUGUCCCAGAACGAAAUCUUAAAACACUGCAAUACCCACACCUGGCGGAUGUCAGGUUGCUCUGGUUUGGUCGCGGUAGGGUUGCUGUUGGAUAGCAGAUCCAGCAGCACAGAUGUGGCAGCGGAUCCUCCAAGCAAUGCAGUGCAAACACAGCCCGAAAUGCAACCAGAUAAUGGGAAGAGCACACAUUAUCAAGACUUCUUGGCUAAAGCACUGCUGGCAGAUUGCCUGUGCUCAGGAGACGGGGGAAAUCCUUUUGAUCUGAAUUUUAUGGAACAGUGUUUUGACACGGUCGUUCCAAAAAACCUAACAACCAACGCUUGUAAUUAAGGCUUUCUUUUCAACUGGAGCAUGCAACCACAACUCUGGAGUGAGUUUAUGGAUAGAUCAUACUAAGGAAAGAGGAAAUUGCUGACUCCCAGGCUGAUAGCUAAAACUCUGGGUUUUAGAGUGAAGGAGACUGGGGACUCACCAAACGUUUCUGUGCUGCAUUCUGCCACAAACUUUAUGCAGUUUAGUUCCAAGUGUUUUCCUUUUCACUAUUUAUCCAUCUUCUCUAUUUAAAAUUAAGCUCUUCGGGGCAGAGCCUUUGUACAUGCACCGUGUUCAGCCUCUGUUCUCACCUGGAACUUCUAGGCCUUUCCAUAAUUAAUAUUAAAAAAUGAUCUUCUUGUGCCACGUGACAAAAGAGUUUGUUAUGAUACUUUUCCCCCAAAUUGUGCCCUGCCUGUUUGGCAGUUCCCUGAGUGAUACGACAGCACAGUGCUGUGUAAACACAUCCCAACAUCUGAACUGUUGGAAAAUCCAAGAUUUAGAUCGGAGGUUCCAACUUUCCCAAGGAUGAUUUCAGAGCUGGCCCUCAGCUACCAGCUGUGGCAUUCAGACAGUCCAGAUUUAAUUUGAUCUUUGAGUUACGACUUAAUGAAUCAUGGAAGCAACCUCAGGCCCUUGUACUCCGUGAAUUUCAGUAGCACAGGCUUUUAUUUAAAAUCUGAUUCUCACCAUGAGGGGAUGUAGGAAAAAGUUGCCAAGGAUCCAGGCUUUCAUUUUUUCCCUUUGUCACCGGGGUUCUACCGUGGCCCGUUGUUGUUGGCAUUCAGCUUUUUCCUUGGGUACUUGUUUAUCCUUCCUUUCACAUGACUAAGACUGGAUGAACUGUUCACACCAAAACUUUUAGUCAUGGAUUUAGCUUAGAAAUCAGUUUCUGGCUUCCAAAACCCCGGAAGUCUUUUAUUGUUCAGGCUUAUCUGAUGAUCAGUUUGUGUGAGCAUACUCAAAAUGCUUCUCAUGGAAGUAAUUUUUUACUUGUGAUAUUUCCUGCUACAUUCUUGAGGGUUCAAUCCAUUAACCAGGUGAUUUCAAACGUGACAAACCUUUCAAAGGGUCAGGAAUAGUCAGGCUGACUCACUGCUAUGGAUAUCUCCUUUUUGUUUUGAUAAACAUUGACGAAAACAAAAAUCCCUUCUAUUAUUAAUGACCAAAGGAAAAAAAAAAAGAAAAUGAAAUUUGUGUUUUCUUUUUUUCUUUCCACAUUAAAGAAACUUAAAAGAAUCCCCUUGACAUGUUCAUGUCAUUGUCACCUCCAUUGCCAUCACCUCACCCCUCUGGACCCAAUCAAUCUUUCCCAUCUUGGAACAGGGUUUUUAACUUCUAUCUGCCACAGCCUUGAUGAGUACCACCAAUGUCCAGAGAAGUGUCAGCAAGACUGACAGUUAGGAGCUAUAGCUCCUGAAUAUUGAGAAGGCAACUAAUGAGUGAAAAUAUGUGUUAACUCCCUCCACUCCCACCUUUCCCUACGUGCUUGGAAUUGAAAGAGAAAGCCCAUUAUUUAAAAAACUAAAGGAGCUCUCUUCAUAGGAUCAUUUUAUUCUAUUAUUUUGCCAGAUGGAGAAAAUCCUGACAAAGCAGCGCUAAGCUUCUCAGCCUGUGGCUUUUUAAUACCGAGGGAUAAAACUAUUUGGCCUCUACUCCAUUGCCUCUGAGAACUAAAAAUAAAUUAGAGCCAUAAAGAGGGCUCAUUAACAGAGCGUGAUUUUGCCAUUGGUUGUAAAACUGUUAGAUAGCUCUCACUGAAGUGAGGCCCUGAGCCAAGCAGCAGCCUCCUUGCUUUCUGGCAUUCUCCAAGUCACUUCACUCUUCCAUCACGUUUCCUUCUCUGAUUUCCCAGUUCUCUGGGGCAGUUUAUUUUUGACAACAACUCUCUGCUAAAAAAGUAAAUCCAGGCUGAUUCUUUGCACAAUGCCACGGCUCUUCAGCAGCAUCCAUGGCAACGCUUUGGGAAAGGACCCGGUCCCAUGCUCUCAGCUUCCCACUGGCUCUGCUCACCCCAACCUGCCCUUCCCUGAGCCAUGGAUGCUCCAAGGAGUGGACAGUGACAGUGCUAAAGAGAUGGAUAAAAACUUGAAAAUUCCUUCCCCAGUUCUUAGAUAUGGCAAAUGUGCAGCUUUAUGUGUGUGUGAUUUAUUGCUAAGUUGACCAGGGAGAAAGCAGCAGCAUCUCACCCUUCUCAGAAGGGAUCACACUCUUAAACUGUGUUUUGCUUGAAGAAGAAGUGUCCGCAGGCGUUGAUAUGUGCCAUUAUUUGUGACCCUGGUUGACAGAAAAAAAAAGAAAAAAAAAAGUGUGUUACUGGCUUAAUUCUGGCUGUUGUUAAGUACCAUAAGAAAUUUUAGGAGGAAACUUAAGCAGAAGUCAAGCCAGUGCAAUUCACUUCCAUCCAAGCUCACCCAGGGGCAGCAAAUCAAAGUCAAAUCAAGUUUGAUAGCAGAGAUUGUAGAGUUGGAGCUGAACUUCCCUGAAGCUGCGAGGCACCUCAGAAGGCUCAGCGACACCCCCUGUGGUAUUGGCCUGAACUCAAACUUCUCAGAGCUCAUAUCUGAAAAUGAGGCCAUGGCUUACCUGACACGCAUUCGUUUGUCAGGCUGCAUGAGUGCUUACAGAGGACACGAAGACUUGCAUUUGCUUGGCUGAUGGUUUUGUUUCAUUUUAUGUUCUUCCACAUUUCCCAGACGGAGGAAAUUGCAGUCACUGAGAGAGGAAUCCAUCGCUGUGCUCUAAGCCAACCCAGGGGCUGUGUGCUACCCCAGAAUGAGCUCUCCUCUUCUAAAGAUCCCACCUGGAUCCACACCACUGGCCUUCAGCCAUGCGCCCACCUGGUUCUGUGCUCCUCUUACACACACAGAUUCCUCUCGAGAGCAAACAGCAUUCUUGAGGAGCCUCAGCUGUUGCUCUUAAAUGAAUCUGCUCUUUUUCAGAAUGUUAGUCUUCAUAGUUCAAUAUUAGAAGCAAUUUAUUUUCAAGCACUCUAUCCCAAGGUUAAAGGGAGAAAGGGGCUAACUGGCAUAAAUAACCAUUUAAAAAGCAGAGUUAGUGAGGAGGCUCACUAAGUUUUGGGGACCUCUGGCUGAUGCAUCUCCUAAAAGUGGAAGUGAUGCAGCGCGUGUUGGGUGUGAGGAGUGAGGGAAAGCCUCACAGCAAAGGCAGCUUCUGUAGGAGGAAGAGCUGUAGAAAACAAAUUCUGACAAGCAACCCUUGUGACAGCAUGGGUUGCACUCCGUGACCUCAAAACUCCUUUUAAUGGUGACUGUAGGACUACUAGAAGAAAACAUGAUAAACUGUGAGGAAUCAGAGUCUUGGAAAAGUGUUUUGGCUGAGUCUAUUCUGCAGCAGUGCCCCCACCCAGAUGAGCUCAUGUUUAAAAAUCCCCAGUGACCAUUUUCAAAAUGGAUUUGGAGAGCUUGAAGGUUUGGGGUGGGUGAGAGUAGAGACCAAAGCAGAAUGGCACAGCAUGUUCUGAAGUUCAAAUGGCUUCAAGGAGAGUGAAAGCCCAGAGUUCCUGGCACACAAUUCCUGCAAUGGGGCCAGAGAGCCUUCAUCCCCUCUGCACUCAGCAUUGCCUCUGGGCUGCAAGGGCUGCUCACAGGCAGCGGCUACUCUCCUCUGUUGCAAGAUGAGGAUGUGUACACCAUGAGUAAAUCCAUCAUAUUUUCCUGAGAUGCCAUAUCCUGCAGGUAUUAGCACACCAUUUCCCUUCAACUACAUCCACAGCAUCUAAAUUUAGGAUUACCAUUUCCCUAUACAGCCGGCUUGAAGCAAGAACUUUCAGGAGGUGAGUCAGAGCACCCAAAUUAGCUGCCUAUAUUAAACACUGUCAGCUGGUGACUGAGUCUUCACUGAGUCCACUAAGCCCUGGCACUCAUCAGCUCCAGUCAAGGCAACAGAAUUCAAAGAUUGUUUAAUCUGUGGCCUGAUCACUUAUGGGCACUUCCUACAGCUUCCUAUUGAGUGCACCGAGGCUGUGAGACUCCUGGAAAGCCUGUGGCUCUCCAGCAGAGGACAACUGUACAAACACCAAUGCCAGCUGGGAAAGUUGUUGGAUGUGUGCAUGCAAAGAAGACUUUCCCACUUGGGUCGUUUCAUUCCCAGCACUGCAUAUUGCUUGGACUCAUGCAGAGCUGAUAGGGGGAGAACAACAUCUUGUAAUUAAGCACCAAUUCAGUACUAAGAGUUCACAAGGAAAUUUUUAUUAAAUAGUUUGUUGGUUUUUUUUUUUUCAUUCUUUUAGUUUUAUGAAUCUCCGUGGGUUUUUUUUGUUUGUUUGUUUGUUUUAUUCUGCUUCUUCUUCUUUGCUUCUAUUUGUCAUUCUUAUAAAAAAAUGAAUGGAGAAAAAGAAAUAUAAAGGAGAAAAAAAGAAAAGAAGCCACAUAAAUGUGAAGAAUCUGUAUAAAACCCAGUUUGAAGGGCCAAAUGAGCUCUACUGAUGCUCCGACUCCAAGGAAGUGAGUGAGCUUUCACAUAAGCAACCAUCUGAAAAGAAAUAUUUCUAAAGCUUAUGCUUAAGAGGAAGAAUAAGUUUCAUGUUUAAAAAUGAGAACAUGUGAUUUGUUUAUACUUUAUAUGAAUGUAAUUUCAGGGGCUUCAGCUGAGUUCCUCAAGCUUGACAGUGGUAGAAGAGCAGAACUUCUGCCUUUGGCAAGCAGAUAGUGUGCAGAAUAUCAGAACCUUUAUAUGUAAAGGGUAUUUUUUCAUAUAUAAGCCUGUGUUGUGAGACAGUGCUUUGGGGGCUUUAGCAAUAGACACAUGUCAAAGUAAUUGUAUUGUGUCAAAUAAAAAAUGUUAAUUAUUCCGGUUUAAAUAUUGAGGUGGGGGUGGGGAGGCAGUGUUUUCCUGAAUAAACACA